AUGGCUCCCCCAACAGCAACCGAAACUGUUAGCAACAUCGCCGUGCAGGCCCCGCAGUCGAGUCAGACGGCGGGCACCGAAAAGGCAAAGGUCAAGAUGCAGAUGCCGAGCAUGCCGAAGUUCGAGGAUAAGAUGCAGGAGCGAGAGUAUCUCAAGGGUCGCCUGGCUGCUGCAUUCCGGAUUUUUGGCAAGAAUGGAUACGAUGAGGGUGUCGCUGGCCACAUCACGCUUCGCGACCCAGUCGAUCCAACAACUUUCUGGGUGAACCCCUUCGGUACUGCUUUCUCAUUGAUCAAGGCGUCGGAUUUGAUUCAGGUCGACCAUGCAGGCAAGGUCAUUGAUGGAGGACCGAAUCGCCUGCUCAACGCCGCGGCAUUCAUGAUUCACUCUGCUAUUCACGCUGCUCGGCCCGACGUCUUGUGCGCAGCUCACAGCCACAGUUUGUAUGGGCGCGCAUUCUGUUCGCUAGGUCGGCCACUCGAUAUUAUUUCACAGGAUUCCUGUGCAUUCUAUGAUGACCAUGUUGUAUACAAGCAAUUCAACGGCGUUGUCCUCGCCGAAGAAGAAGGCAACAAUAUUGCUGCAGCGCUGGGUAACAAGAAAGCUGCCCUUUUACAGAACCACGGUCUUCUCACUGUCGGCAAGAGCAUUGAAGAGACCGUUUUCUGGUUCGUGAGUCUGGAGAAAUGCUGCCAUGCCCAACUACUUGCCGACGCUGCGGCGACCGGGCGUGGUGGCCAGACUGUGAAGAUUGAUGAUGCGGACGCUGCGUUCACAUACAAGACUGUUGGGACACCGCUGGCUGGAUGGUUCAGCGCGAAGCCCCUCUUUGAUGUCAUCCAUAAGGAGACUAACGGAGACUAUCUGGAAUAA